AUGUCUCCUCAGGAUAACAAACCAACUUGUCUCGUCAUUGGUGCUGGCGGAGUCGGCAUCAUCACCACCUACUCACUGUUCAAUGCUGCAAAAAGCGAAGUGUCGCUGGUGGUCCGCUCCGAUUACGACCAUGUGGUGCAACACGGCUACUCAAUCGAGUCCUGUGACUACGGCUCCAUAGAAAACUGGAAACCUCAUCAUAUGUUCCGCACGGCAGAUGACGCCUCGAAAUCUGGCUUUUUCUUCGACUUCAUCGUCGUCACCGUGAAAAAUAUCCCAGAUGGCCCAAAGAGCGGAACUGUGCACGAAAUCGUACGUCCCAUAAUCCUGUCCAACCACCAAAUAGACCAGACCCGCACCACCAGCAUCGUUCUGAUCCAAAAUGGGCUGGACCUCGAAAAGGAAGUUAUGGAGCAUUUCGACCAAAAUCGCUACAAACUCGCCCUUCUCUCGGGCGUGCAGCUUAUCGGCUCCACAAAAGUUAGCACAGGCAAAGUGGUCCAGAUUGGUCAAGAUAGACUAAGCGUAGCGCCUUUCGAUUCGAAAGAUCAACAUGCCCUAGACCGCGCAAAACUGUUUGCCUCUAUGUACAACAAUGAGGGCCAAAACGAAGUCAAGUGCGAAAACAACGCGCGUUACACCCGCUGGAAAAAACUGCUGUACAAUGCGGUCGUCAACACCACCACGGCACUUGCACAACUUGACGCCUCAAGAUGUUUGAGAUUUUCGAAAAAUGGCAUAAGUACAGAGCAAAAUUUGUGGGUACCAGGGAUGAUGGAGAUCAUUGCCAUUGCAGCCAGCGAGGGUAUUAUUAUCGAUCCUAAAGAAAUGAACUUCUUUUUGGAUUUCACUAAAAACUAUCUCUACAAGCCCUCUAUGUGCGUUGACUACGAAAAGGGUCAGCUUAUGGAGCUCGAAGUCAUUCUCGGUAAUCCUUUAAGGAUAGCUCAAGAAAAUGGGGUCCCCGCUCCCACUUUAUUCGUACUUUACCAACUGAUGACCAUUUUGCAGGGAAAGAUCAAAGAGCGUCGGGGACUAAUCAAGUUCAACGAAUCGACCAGACAAGUCGAGAGUGUAUCCGAGUAA